GAGUCCGCCAUGGAGGUGGAGGAGGCGUUCCAGGCGGUGGGCGAGAUGGGCCUCUACCAGAUGUACUUAUGCUUCCUGCUGGCCGUGCUGCUGCAGCUUUAUGUGGCCACAGAAGCCAUCCUCAUUGCACUAAUUGGAGCUACACCGUCAUAUCACUGGGACAUGGCUGAGCUCCUGCCCAACCAGAGCCACAGCAAUCAGUCAGAUGGCAAAGACCAGGCCUUUGGGGCCUGGCUUCUGACCGCCAAUGGCAGUGAGAUCCACAAGCAUGUGCAUUUCAGCAGCAGCUUCACGUCUAUUGCUUCCGAGUGGUUUUUAAUUGCCAACCGAUCUUACAAAGUCAGUGCGGCCAGCUCCUUUUUCUUCAGUGGUGUGUUUGUUGGCGUUAUCUCCUUUGGUCAGCUUUCAGAUCGCUUCGGGAGGAAAAAAGUCUACCUCACAGGUUUUGCUCUUGACAUCUUAUUUGCUAUCGCAAAUGGGUUUUCCCCCUCAUAUGAAUUCUUUGCAGUAACUCGCUUCUUGGUGGGCGUGAUGAAUGGAGGAAUGUCCCUGGUGGCCUUUGUCCUGCUAAACGAAUGCGUGGGCACCGCCUACUGGGCACUUGCAGGAUCCAUCGGUGGUCUGUUCUUUGCUGUUGGCAUUGCACAAUAUGCCCUGUUAGGAUACUUCAUCCGCUCCUGGAGGACCCUAGCUGUUCUGGUCAACCUUCAAGGAACAGUAGUCUUUCUCUUAUCUUUAUUCAUUCCUGAAUCACCUCGUUGGUUAUACUCCCAGGGUCGACUGAGUGAGGCAGAAGAGGCUCUGUACCUCAUUGCCAAGAGGAACCGCAAGCUCAAGUGCACAUUCUCACUCACACAUCCGGCCAACAGGAGCUGCAGGGAAACUGGAAGCUUCCUGGAUCUGUUCCGUUACCGAGUUCUCCUGGGACACACUCUGAUCCUGAUGUUCAUCUGGUUUGUGUGCAGCUUGGUGUACUACGGCCUCACCCUGAGUGCGGGUGACCUAGGAGGCAGUAUUUAUGCCAACCUGGCCUUAUCUGGCCUCAUUGAGAUUCCAUCCUACCCUCUCUGCAUCUACCUGAUUAACCAAAGAUGGUUUGGUCGGAAGCGGACACUAGCAGCAUUUCUGUGUCUUGGAGGACUGGCCUGUCUUAUUGUGAUGUUUCUUCCAGAAAAAAAAGACACAGGUGUAUUUGCAGUGGUCAACAGCCAUUCCUUGUCCUUGCUGGGGAAGCUGACAAUCAGUGCUGCCUUCAACAUUGUUUACAUUUACACCUCUGAGCUGUACCCCACUGUCAUCAGGAAUGUUGGCCUUGGAGCAUGUUCCAUGUUCUCCCGAGUUGGCGGGAUCAUUGCCCCGUUCAUACCCUCACUGAAGGACUUGCAGUGGUCUCUGCCCUUCAUCGUAUUUGGAGCCACCGGCCUGGCCUCAGGCCUCCUGAGCCUGCUGUUGCCAGAGACUCUGAACAGCCCUUUGCUGGAGACAUUUUCGGACCUUCAGAUGUACUCAUAUAGGAGGUUAGGGGAAGAAGCCUUGUCUCUCCAGACCUUGGAUCCUCCACAGGCCCUGGACAAGGCCAGCACCUUGGGGAGCGAAAGUGAGGAGGAGGAGUUCUAUGAUGCAGAUGAGGAGACACAGAUGAUCAAGUGAAGAGCUCCACAUCCCUGCCCAGAAGCAAAGCAUCAUUAUCAUGAGUGCCCUGGGUUCACUUAAACACCAGUGAUGGACUCAGCCCGCUGACACUUUCUAGAUACAGAGGAGGUUGCGGGAGAGGUUCCAAAAGGGAGAGCCUUGGAAUCAUUGCUAAUUGGUUCAGAAUUGAGGCUGAGCUCAGCACCAUGCCUCUGGCACACAGCUCAGGUCCACUGUCAAGGUGACUGACUUGUGUCUCAUGCUGCUUCCCUUCCUCGAGACCUAAGAGCAGAUGUGUGAAACUUCUCACAGUUUUACUGGGAUUAGCCACACCUUCCCCCCAAGAUUUCAUCUUCCUAGUAAAUUUGACGUCUGUCUCUGUCACUUGCUGCUCCCCACCAGGAAUCUUCUGGUGCAGCGUGAUGUGUCCAGAGCCCCCAGCUUUCCCUCAGCUGGUUCUCACCCAUUGACUGGCAAUGCAGCUUGUGCCUUUAUCCUGAGAUCAUUCACUAGUAAAAGCCAGAAUCAACAGAGCAGUUUGCUGUCAUCACAGGACUGGCUGUGGCUCGGUAGCUCCCUUUGACACUUGUGUUGGGCAGUGUUUCCAGUUCUUACUUGGAAACCCUUGGGACAUUUUUCUUUGUGAGAUUCUAGUGUCAGCAAUAACUUCAAAAUCAUGCACUAUAAACUGGGGAAAGUCAACAAGUGAUAUGCUGAGCACUUUUUAAAUGUGACUUAAGUAAGAGAGAGGAUUUUCUUUCACAGUGUUUGCUGUCUUCAGUAUGCAUUGAGGGAUUUGGACAGCACGUCAGGGCUUGAACACUGCCCUACAUGAGCCUCUACUUGUUUACUCAAAAGGCAUGGUGAUUUUUAAAGAAAAUGUUGAGUUUCAUUAAGUGCUUCCAUGGAUUUCCAAAUAAAUCAAAAUCACACUUAUAUCUGUUUCUUGAAAAACUUGAACACUCUCAAAGAGGUAUAUAAACUAAGAGUCCACAUAUGGGCAAUUGAUCACUUCCCCAACAAGGGAAAUUGCUUGUGUCUAGAAUGUCUGCUUAUGCUAAUCUCUUGGGAACAGAAAACACAAAUAUGAAGGAAAGGUACCCUGUGGAUGCUUCUGGACGUCAUGGAGACCUGCAUUUGUCGCCUCCUCAGUGUUGUCUGUACCCAUCUGUUCCUUUGUUGAAACAUUGUUUUCCUUUAUGUCCUUGAUAAUGAGGGAGCCAUUUCUACCGCUGUAGAGAAUGGUGACUGUGAUGCAAUGAAGACCUUAUAGGUGUGUAGCUGUCAGGAAGGUUAUGGAACUCCCUGCAGCAUCAUAUCUGAAAAUCUCAGCAAAGUGUGCCCUACAUCCCCAAACUGUGGAGUCCUGCUUCUCUCCUCUCUUGGAAAUGGAGAUUGGCUCUCCUUAGAAAAGGAAGAAAAGAGCUUCCAGAAACACUUGAUUCUUGUCAAAUACAGUGUUUAAAAUAAAGAAGUAAAUUAAUUUAUA